AUGGCUGACACUUUGCGAAGGUUGGUCAGUACGACGACCUAUAAACUGCUGCAGAAUAAACUCGAAACCUGGUACAAGGACUAUCACGUCAACUCAUGUGACCAAAAUUUGAACCGAUGCUGUGAACUUAUUGAACUGACCUCAAAAGUCCAAGGAGAAUUAUUCACCAUUCUCAGUCUUGCAGCUAGUGAAGGUGGUGUUUAUUCUGGUGUUGAUACUAUCAAAUCUCGCUUCCUGCCAUGGCUUGGGUCUAGCUUUACUGUCAUUAGCUCAGUGGUGACGUCUGACACAAGCCUUACACUCAUGCAGGAAUCUGCUGAAAAGGAUCAGAAAUUAAGAGAGCUGGCAACAGUCCAUGAAAAGGAAAUGAUAGAAUUGGAGACUGAAUUAAAUACCACGCGUCGUCAACUUGGGACCAUCAAACAGGAAUUAGCAGAAGCUCAUAUGGAGCUGGACGAUACUCAGAACAAAUCAGCUGCAACAUUCCUAGCAACAGAGGAUGAAAUCAUUCAACUGAGGGCUGAACUGAGAGCAGUUCGAGAGCAAGUGAGAUUUUAUAAACAAAAGGUGGAUGUACUGGAUGACUAUGAGCGGCAGAUCAGACAACUAAAGGAUGAAGUCGCCUUCCUAUCUGCAGAGAAAUCCUUGCUGCAGGAAAGAAUUUCAGGACGCCGUUCUCCUAUCUCUUUUUCCUCUGUGACCAGUCACUCACCGACCAGUACUAAACUGACUAGUGCCUCUCGUUAUGCUCGAUUGGUUUCCCGCUUCAAUGAUCUUUAUGCCAAUGAACGACUGAAUGCACAAAAUCUCCUUCGACGUUAUGUUGAUGAUCUAGAGAUGGUGCAGAAAAUAAUAUUCAUUGCCACAACAGAGGCAUUCCAAGCAGCCAAAAUGGCUUUCCGACAAUUCAAACUGCGUGUAAGGAAAACACUUUCUCCCUCUUACCUUGGGCCAGAGUCUUUGGAUGAAACUGUGAUGGAUUAUAUCAUUCGCAACCUGGAUCUCUAUGAUGUCCAGUCCAGCAUUAAUGAUGUGAUCCGCAACAUGAGUGUCAAUCCUAAGAUUUCCUUCCCAUCUGAGGUUGACUUUAUAAUGAUCAGCAGUUUUAUCCGUGAUGUGUGCCGUGUAGCCUUUGCCAUGCAGACGCUGGAGCCCCCGCUUGACGUUGCCUUCACAACAGAUGGUGAACUUUUCAAUGAGAAAAAGUAUCGCCGCAGCUAUGAUUCUGAUUUCACCGCUCCGCUGGUGGUCUAUCACCUCUGGCCAGCCCUGAUAGAAAAUGACACUGUCAUUGCUAAGGGAGAAGCAUUCACAAAAAGAGGAGCUCUGUGGUCGCCAAGUAAAAGCCGAAGCAGAAGUUCCAGUCCCAUUCGUUCUCGUUCUAUCAGUCCAACCCGUGGCCUGGGUUCUUCCCGAAGCCGUAGCCCUUCCCCCAUCAGACGAAGCAUUAGUCCCAGUUGGGUGGGCAUUUGGCCCUCCCACCGCUUCUCUGAUGAGUGCCUCGCUGUCCUCCUGGAGGAGGUGGGAGCUAGGAGGGACACCUUUGUCCCCAAGGAUGGGAGGAGGAGGCCACCAAACCUCACCAAGAGGUCAUGGGAGGAGGUGGCAAUACUGAUCUGCAGCUGUGAUGUGGUGCGGUGCUCCUUGGUGCGUUACCGGUUCAAUGACUUGCGCACAGGAAGUUCGCCAGGAGGCGUUUGCGCUCCGGACCCCGAAGGGCUGCCCCUGACACUGGAGGACCACUGGGCAUCAUUUACACCUGCGUCACACCUCUCUGAAGCAGGCACCAGCGCAGAUACAAGCAUCUCGGUGGGCAUCAGAGCGGCGGCUAUGGUGAAGAGGCGUGUCAUGCACUGCCGCUUCACGGGAAAGCCCUCGUCACCCAGGAGCCAUCCAUCCAGUCGGGCUGGAGCACUGAAGAACUUUGGCACCCAAGAGUGUCUCAGGAUUGGCAGGAGUGACCCACCAGAGGUCGAGGUGCAGUACAAGGGACUGACCCAGGGGGUCCUCAAAAUUGACUCUGGACCUCAUGAAGUCUCAUGGCAUCUGGUCAAAUAUGGUUCUGACAAAACGUCAUCGACACGAAAUGUUAACUCACGAUUUGAGGACAUAAAUACCAAGCUUCAAAGAACAAUGGAGGGCACGUGCCUUUCUUCUGUCUGCAUCCAGGGCAAACUUGCUCACAACAGGCGGGAAAUAUUACAGACCAGGAGAGGAAUGGCUAACAUCACUGCCCUCACGCAAUUUGAGGAGGACGUUGCUGAGAUCGCGACCACCACAGUCACCUUGGUCUAG